CGCGUUAGAUGCUGCGGAAAUUACUCGUUCUUUCUAAAAGGAUGGUCGAUUCUCCAUUUAAGCGUUUAACACCGGUCGCGCCAGUGCAACGUGAGGUUUAUCAAUAUCAAUAACUUGGUUUGUUGCUGUAUUUUAGCUUUAUUGAUGAUUAUUCAGCAUGUCCCAAGGAAACUUUAAGUAAUUUGAAUCAUGGAACUUUAAUCUAAACGUUCCUUUAAAUGUGCCGACGGAGGUGAAUACUCUUGGAUAGCUUCGGAUAUCCCGAAUCAGUAGUAGAUGUAGAUAUAUUAUUUGCUACUCUAUUAGUUAAUCAAUAUAAACUUUAAAAAUAUCAAAUCUUACUAAAACGCCAAGAUCAACAUGAGUUCCGACAAUGAUGAUGACACUGUAGGUGAGGCGGUAUACGACUUCGGCAAAGACACCACCGUUCACGGAGUCAGGUACAUGAUCGCCCGAGGUCAUUUUCUCUUCCGUCUGUGCUGGCUCGCCAUCGUCAUCUUCGCUUUCGUCCUCUUUGGCAUACAAGCUGCCAACGUUUAUAGCGAUUACUCUGCUUCCCCGUAUUCGACCAAGAUAGACAUCAUCCAGACGACCUUCAAGGCCUUCCCUGCCGUGACGGUUUGUAAUGUGAAUAGGAUUCGGAGAUCGAGGCUUUACGAUACGAACUACGAGGGGCUGAUCGAAGUCGAUGAUAUUUUUAUAUCUGAAUAUUUAGAAGACGAGGAAUCGGUCAAUAAGACAGAGAGUGUAAAUGAACCUGAAGCCGAAGAAAGAGAGAAUGGGCUGUGGUCUAAGGUCGACGAUCAGUACGACUGGAUGGGGUUUUAUGCCGCCUCCCAAGCCGACGACUUCAGCGACCUUAUCAACGUAGUGAACCCAACGAAAGAAGAACUGACGGGAUACGGACAUCAGUUGGAGAGGUUUAUCGUUCAGUGCACUUAUGAUCAGCAACCUUGUAAUGCAAGCUCCAAAUUUGAAGUUUUGCAAAGUCGAUAUUACGGAAAUUGUUUCACUUUUAACUUUGGUAGAAAUGGAGAUCUGAUUUCAACCAGCAAGACGGGAGCUUUGAAUGGUUUACAUCUCACUUUGUGGAUAGAAGAUGAUGAAUACAUGGGGCUCCUAUCACCGUAUCGGGGGGCAAAGGUCACUAUUCAUCCUCAAAAUAUACUUCCGCUUCCUGAGGAUGAGGGGAUCAAUGUUGCGACUGGAAUGGCGACAUCUAUAGGCAUACGAGAGGAGGUCGUAGAGCGUUUACCCGAGAUGACGAGUUGUGUAGAAGACAAUGGCGAAGGUACAAACUUCACAGUAAGGAACAACAGCUCCAGUUAUACCGUUGCGUACUGCCUUAAGUUGUGUUUCCAACAGAGCUUGAUCAACAGAUGUGGCUGUGUAGAUGGAAUUCUUCUAAAUUAUACUCAUUGUGAUGUCCUUAACACUACUCAACGAAAUUGUCUAUUCAAUGUACAAGAACUCUACAUUAACAACAAUCUGGACUGCUACUGCCCUCUACCGUGCGAGGAAAGAAACUUCAAGAAAACCAUAUCAUCUAUUGACUGGCCGUCAGACAGAUACAUGGACCAUCUAACGACCAGAUUUUCCCGAUAUCCUGAUAUAAGACGAACCCUGAUAGAAGAUGAAGAGAGAGCGAAGCGAAAUCUUAUACGUCUUCAGAUAUACUAUGAAACCCUCAAUAACGAGGUCGUGGUGCAAGUACCGAGAUACUCUAUCCCGAACAUCCUUGGUAACUGGGGAGGAUUGAUGGGACUCUUCACAGGGAUGUCGUUCAUCAGUGUAUUUGAAGUCAUCUUCUUACUGCUACGUGUAUCCAAGAUCUCUUGUAAAAAGUUGUUAUUUCGCAAUCGAGUGCAGCCUAUUAAGACAUGACGGAUAUCUGUCAGUUGGCCUCUAGGAGUCUCUCUAGAAAAUUGCAUGUGAAAUUUUAAAAAUGCAUUAUUUUUUCAAGCAAUAUAUAAGCAUGUUUUUAUGGGGGAACCUUAAAGAGAUAUAUUCAUUUGUUUACCUUUAGAGAGUUUAUUUAAAGAUUUCUGUAUGUUUAAAAUGUG